GGUGGGCGGGGCGCGGCGCGGUCCAAGAUGGCCGCGGUGUCGGUGUUCCCCGGCGUGCGGCUCCUCACGGUCGGGGACGCGAACGGGGAGAUCCAGCGGCACCAGGAGCAGCAGCCGCUGCGCCUCGAGGUCCGCACCGGCCCCGACAGCGCCGCCAUCGCCCUCUACGGCCAUGAGGACGUCUGCGUGUUCAAGUGCUCCGUGUCCCGCGAGACCGAGUGCAGCCGGGUGGGCAAACAAUCCUUCAUCAUCACCCUGGGCUGCAACAGCGUCCUGCUGCAGUUCGGGACCCCCAACGAUUUCUGCUCCUUUUACAACAUCCUGAAGAACUGCCGGGGCCACAACACGGAGCGCUCGGUGUUCAGCGAGCGCACGGAGGAGUCCUCGGCCGUGCAGUACUUCCAGUUCUACGGGUACCUGUCCCAGCAGCAGAACAUGAUGCAGGACUAUGUGCGCACGGGGACGUACCAGCGGGCGAUCCUGCAGAACCACAGCGACUUCAAGGACAAGAUCGUCCUGGACGUGGGCUGCGGCUCCGGGAUCCUCUCCUUCUUCGCGGCGCAGGCUGGGGCGCGGAAAAUCUACGCGGUGGAAGCCAGCACCAUGGCCCAGCACGCCGAGGUGCUGGUGAAGAGCAACAACCUGACGGAGCGGAUCGUGGUGAUCCCGGGCAAGGUGGAGGAGGUGUCGCUGCCGGAGCAGGUGGACAUCAUCAUCUCGGAGCCCAUGGGCUACAUGCUCUUCAACGAGCGCAUGCUCGAGAGCUACCUGCACGCCAAGAAGUACCUGAAGCCCAGUGGGAAUAUGUUCCCCACCAUCGGGGAUGUGCACCUGGCGCCCUUCACGGACGAGCAGCUCUACAUGGAGCAGUUCACCAAGGCCAACUUCUGGUACCAGCCCUCCUUCCACGGCGUCGACCUCUCGGCGCUGCGUGGGGCCGCCGUGGACGAGUACUUCAGGCAGCCCGUGGUGGACACCUUCGACAUCCGGAUCUUAAUGGCCAAAUCCGUCAAAUACACCGUGAACUUCUUGGAAGCCAAGGAGGGCGACUUGCACAGGAUAGAAAUCCCCUUCAAGUUCCACAUGCUGCACUCGGGGCUGGUGCACGGCCUGGCCUUCUGGUUCGACGUGGCCUUCAUCGGCUCCAUAAUGACCGUGUGGCUCUCGACGGCGCCCACGGAGCCGCUGACCCACUGGUACCAGGUGAGGUGCCUGUUCCAGUCCCCGCUCUUCGCCAAGGCCGGGGACACCCUCUCAGGGACCUGUCUGCUCAUCGCCAACAAGAGACAGAGCUACGACAUCAGCAUCGUGGCCCAGGUGGACCAGACAGGCUCCAAGUCCUCCAACCUCCUCGACCUGAAAAAUCCCUUCUUCAGGUACACGGGCACGACCCCCUCGCCCCCCCCCGGCUCCCACUACACGUCGCCGUCGGAGAACAUGUGGAACACGGGCAGCACCUACAACAUGAGCACGGGAAUGGCCGUGGCCGGGAUGCCGGCGGCUUACGACCUGAGCAGCGUCAUCGCCGGCGGCUCCAACGUGGGCCACAACAACCUGAUCCCUUUGGCCAACACCGGCAUCGUCAACCACACCCACUCCAGGAUGGGCUCCAUCAUGAGCACGGGAAUCGUGCAAGGCUCGUCCAGUGGCCAGAGCGGCGCCGGCUCCAGCACCCACUACCCCCUGAACAGCCAGUUCACCAUGGGGGGCCCCCCCAUCUCCAUGGCCUCCCCCAUGUCCAUCACCACCAACACGAUGCACUACGGCAGCUAAAGGCCCCCCCCGCUCCCAAAAAUCCAGGAAAAAACCAAAAUCGGGGGCCCCCCCCCAGCCCCAGGGGGCCCCUCCUGCCCC